AUGGGAGUGGUAGUACACAAAACCAAACUAAUACUAACAAUGGUUGGAAAUUUCUUGAACGAAAUCUCGAGCUUCAUCGUCUUCACUCUCCUCGACUUCCUCGAUCUCAUACUCUGUCACGUGUACAAAGUGGCCGAUUUCUUAGCCGAGGCCGAGUGGAAGCCCUGCUACUGCUCGUCGCCUCGGGAGGCUAUCUCGGGAGGCGGCGCCAAAAUCCUCGUCUCCGAGCGCGGCGAGUCGAGAAUCGUUCGUCUCACGAGCACAAAACUCGAGCUCGAGCAAAUCUCCGACACACUCUACGCCCGUCCCUCUCUCGUCUCGGAACUUUCCCGGUCGUCCUCCGGGAUGGCCGGCCGUGGGGCCCGCCCUUCGCCGGCGGCCGGACUCUCGGUCAAUUCCACCGUCGUCGAGAUGCUCCGGGAGAGAAUCGGCCGGCAACAGAAGGUUCCGGUUCCUAGGUGGUCCGAUUGCGAUUGCGCCACGUGUACCGCGUGGACCACACGCUCGUCUCUCAAGGAGACGCUCUUCCCAUAUUUUCCCGCACCAAAAGGGGAACAAGCGACACAGCACAUGAUGAGGAGAGUAGCCCCACGGCGCGUGUGGCCACCCAUAGCAUUCGGCGCGUCGAUAGCUUGCUGGUACGAGCACAUUAGCAGGACCAUCUGCCUCGUCAUAUGCAAGAACCACCGCCUAUGGGAAUUUCUUACCAAACUACUCACCAGGAACAGAUUGAGAACCUAUUUGAUGGAGGGCUUCUUUCUUCACACUCACAAUGCCGCUUGGCACACGCUUCACAACAUAAUUUGCGGCACUGCCGGAAAAAUCGAGGGCUAUUUGGACGAGGUCAACAGUCAACUCAAGUGUGAUGUGACUAUAUUUCACGGUAACGAUGAUGAGUUGAUCCCAGUCGAGUGCAGUUACAAUGUGCAAUCGAGAAUCUCCCGAGCCCGGGUUAAGGUAGUCCAAAAUAAAGAUCACAUUACUAUAGUCGUGGGGAGGCAAAGGGCGUUUGCUCGGGAGCUUGAAGGAAUUUGGAAGAAUGCGGGCCGUUAG